CGGCGCUGACCCGGAGCCCGCAGCGCCGCGGGGACGAGCGGCCCCGGAGGACGGCGGCGCCGCGGCGCGCAGAGGAGCCCCAGCCCUGGGCGGCGCCGCGCGGGGCCGGAUCUACGGAGGAGGACACCCCCACACCGCCGCGGCACAGCCAGCCUGGACUCCCCCUCCUUGGGGUCCCUCCCCAGAUCCUCCUGCUCUGGCUUUUGGCAGCCUCCAGAGGAGGGCAAACACCCCCGAGAACCCUUUGUCCCCAUCGUGCAGCCCCCGAUGUGGGGGGUGGCUGCCCAGCAACAUGCCCCCCCCCCAGCCUCGGCGCCCCCACCUCCUGCUGCUGCUGCUGGCGGCCUGCCAGCCACAGGGCCCCUCCGCGCAGGUGAUGGACUUCCUGUUUGAGAAGUGGAAGCUGUAUGGUGACCAGUGUCACCACAACCUGAGCCUGCUGCCGCCCCCGACCGAGCUCGUGUGCAACCGCACGUUUGACAAGUACUCGUGCUGGCCGGACACCCUGCCCAACACCACAGCCAGCAUCUCCUGCCCCUGGUACCUGCCCUGGUAUCACAAAGUGAAGCACCGCCACGUCUUCAAGAAGUGUGGGCCCGACGGGCAGUGGGUGCGGGGGCCCCAGGGGCAGCCGUGGCGCAACGCCUCCCAGUGCCAGAUGGACGUGGGGGAGAUCGAGAGCCAGGAGACGGUGGCCAGGAGGUACCGCAGCUUCCAGGUGAUGUACACGGUGGGGUACUGCCUGUCGCUGGCCGCGCUGCUCCUCGCCCUGGCCGUCCUGCUGGGCCUCAGCCGGCUGCACUGCACACGCACCUACAUCCACAUGAACCUGUUCGCGGCCUUCGUGCUCAAGGCCACCUCCGUGCUGGCUAUCGACGCGCUGCUCAGGGCCCGCUACAGCCAGAGGGUGGGCAACGACCUCAGCGUCAGCGUCUGGCUCAGCGACGGGGCAGUGACGGGCUGCCGCGUGGCCACCGUGCUCAUGCAGUACAGCGUCGUGGCCAACUACGGCUGGCUGCUGGUGGAGGGCUUGUACCUGCGCCGCCUGCUUGGCUGUGCCACCUUCCCCAGGAGGAGCUGCUUUACCCUCUACCUGGGCAUCGGCUGGGGUGCCCCAGUGCUGUUCGUUGUCCCCUGGGCAGUGGCCAAGGGUCUGUUCGAGAACGUCCAGUGCUGGACCAGCAAUGACAACAUGGGCCUCUGGUGGAUCCUGCGCGUCCCCGUCUUCCUGGCCAUCCUGAUCAACUUCUUUGUCUUCGUCCACGUUCUGCACACCCUCGCGGCCAAGCUCCGAGCUCAUCAGAUCCGCUCCUCCGACCACAAGUUCCGGCUGGCCAAGUCCACGCUGACGCUGAUCCCGCUGCUGGGCGUCCACGAGGUGGUGUUCGCCUUCGUGACCGACGAGCACGCCCAGGGCACGCUGCGCGCCGCCAAGCUCUUCUUCGACCUCUUCCUCAGCUCCUUCCAGGGCCUGCUGGUGGCCGUGCUCUACUGUUUCCUCAACAAAGAGGUGCAGUCAGAGCUGCUGCGGCGCUGGUCCCGCUGGCGCCUGGGCACGGCGCUGUGGGAGGAACGCGCCCCCAGCAGCCACGCGGCCUCGGCCCGGCCCCCUGGCACCCCCAGUGAGAAGCUGCUGCUGGGGAGGGGCAGCAGCAGCGGCAGCAGCAACAGAGCCGGCCAAGACCCCUCCGAGGUGACCCCCGUGGCCUCCCUGGGCUCACCGGGAGCCCCUCCUGAACCCCCACCCGGAACCCAGCUGGGGCUGGACGGCUGCCCACGUGGGCAUCGUGGGACAGCCCAGGAGCGGAUGCCCCACCGAGCGGGAGGGGAGGGCGCGCCCCCCUGGGUCUGCCGGGCCCCAGCUCUGGUGGUCUGAGGGCUGAGCUCCCGGCCCCGCUGACCCUGAGGCAGAGGGCAGCAGACGGUACGGAGGGAAGACCUUGCUGUGGACUGUGUCCCCAUGUCAUGGAAAUGUGUCUCCCCUCCAGCAAUAAAGAGCCUGAGCUGGCCGCCUGGUGCACACACCUGGACGGGCCACCUGCCUGCACUGUC